CACAAACACCAAAGACUUCCGACAAGGUUCAACACCUUCAUAAAUUCGGCAAGAUUUUUUUAUUCUUCACAUUCUUCCUUCUUAUCCUUACCUUACAUUUCACCAGUGAUUCCUCGAAAGCGCCUCGAUUCACCGAUUGUAGUGAUUGUUUAUGCGAUCGUAUUGUUUACAAAACAAUCGCCUCGAUUCACGAACUCGAUCGUCGACAAAAAUUCGGAUUUGAGCUCUACUGAUUCUACAGAAAUCGGUUUGACUUUGGACUAAAAGGUUUAAUUUCUGGUUGGUUUCAUGGAUUCCCCUCAAUCUGUGGUGUCUCCAUUCAAGGGCUCCUCUGUUUUUCCUGAGCCUGAGAAGCAGAAUGCUGAUCCUGUCACUCGGAAUCCCGGUUGCUUGUCCCGGAAAAUUGAGCUUCAAAUCAAGGAAGCCAUUGGUGUUCUUGAUGUUUACAUACAUCAAGCCAGGGACAUCCAUAACAUCUGCAUAUACCAAAAGCAAGAUGUUUAUGCUAAGAUUUGCCUUACUAGUGAUCCUGAAAAUGCAGUCUCCACUCAGAUCAUCAAUGGCGGUGGGAAGAAUCCGGUCUUCAACGAGAAACUCCGACUGGAUGUUCGGACAAUAGGUUCCUUUCUCAAAUGUGAGAUAUGGAUGUUGAGCAGGGUGAGGAAUUAUCUUGAGGACCAAUUGCUAGGGUUUGCUUUGGUGCCUCUGUCUGAAGUUGUCAUCAAGAAUGGGAAGUUAGAAAAGGAGUUCUCUCUCUCCUCAACUGAUCUCUUCCAUUCCCCAGCAGGGUUUGUUCAAUUGUCUCUCUCUUAUACCGGAGCGUCACCGGAAGUGAUGGCACUGCCAGCUUCCACAGCUCAAAACACGGUUCUCCAGGACUCGGAAGUAACUGAGUCAAGUGAGUUUGACCAGAUUGAGUUCCCAGAUCCAAAGAUUGUGAAUGAGAAUCAACUGAUGGUUUCAGAGUAUUUUACCAAUUUGGAUUCCCAGAGUUCUGAGAGCUUUGUCUCUUCAGAUCCUGAAAAUCAACCUAGUUCAGAAAUUGGUGUACAUGUUGUUGAAAGCUUCUCAACUGGCACUGUUGAGCCAAUCCAGCUUCCAAAGCAUCAUGACUCGCCCCCUAGCAGUGUGUUGACUAACGGGUCUCCAUCUGAAUCGCUUCCUGCAAGUUCUCAGUCCUGUGUCACGCCCGGAGCUUCUAAUUCUCCAAAUCAAGAAUCAUUUUUGCCUCCAAAGAAUAAUCUGAUGGAUAAAAGAGAGUAUGUCGGAGAUGCUGAAAGUAAAGCCUCAGGCGGGGUGGCGGUUAAUGCAUUUUCCAAGCCCGUUGCUACAGUUAACAUUGAACCAAAGCAAGAAGUGGUGCAACAGGACAUAGUGGACAUGUACAUGAAAAGCAUGCAGCAAUUUACCGAGUCAUUGGCUAAGAUGAAGCUUCCAAUGGACAUUGAGAGUGGGCCUACCAGUUCUGAAAGUUCAAGUUCUGAUCAGAAAUUACCAGCAUCAAAGAACACCAGCUCCCGUGUGUUUUAUGGGAGUAGGGCUUUCUUCUGAGCUUUUGUUUCACCAGUCAGAAGAGGAAACACAGGUGACUUUAGGAAUUAGAAUCAAGACUAAUGCCCGUGCUAAUUAAUGUCAAUAAUGUAGUAUGUAAUGUGGUGCUAUCCUAUGUAUGUUGUAACAUUUGGAUGUUUAGAUGAUGGAAAACUCAGGACUUGUAUGCUUGACAAAAUUUGUACUAUGACAUUUGCUUUUAGUGUAUAUGGAGUUAUAUUAUGUUUUUUAUAUA